UCAGAAAUCACCGGACUUCAGGGGCCGUAUACCUUUGAGUGUUUGCAGCAGCAAAUAAUGGACAGCUACAUGUACAAGCAAAUUGCAACGACUAUUCCUGCACACCCUGUGCUGCAGUCACGUAAUGUGGGUAUUGAGGAAUUCUUUGUUCCUCUGCAACUCAUAAAGAACAUUCCAGGCAAAACAGAGUCAAAAAGGUUGGUGACAUUACCAGAGGGAAAAAUAUUCUUGGACGAAAUGCAAUUCAUUGCUCUCGAUUCCUUGGAUGAUUUGUUUAAUCCAGAAAUAGUUAAGGAAAUCAAGAUUCUUCUUUUUGGCGGGGCCGGGACGGGUAAAUCAACCCUGUUAGUGAAAAUUGCAAACUCUUGCAUUACACUCAGUUCAAAACCCCUUCUUGGUAGAUUCGAUCUUGUGCUUUGGAUAAAGCUGAGGCAAAUGCAGCAAUCUAGUUGUGUCUUGGAUGCCAUAUUUGACCAACUUCUAGCUCAAAGUACCAAGCUGACAAAACACAUAGUGAAAGAGUUCAUUGAUGAUCAUGAAUCACGCAUUGCUUUGCUGUUGGAUGGAUUAGAUGAAAUUCCGUCUCAUGUUUUACAAUCUAAGGAGGGCGUGUACAGGGUUCAGGAUAUCUUAUGCAACAGAGUCCUUACUAAAAGUUUUGUGCUGAUCACAACCCGACCACACAUGGUGGAGUAUGUACUCAGGGGUCACCCAAAAUACGCUCAAGUUUACACAUGUGGCUUCACAUCACAAGACAGAGAUCAGUACAUCAGAUUAAACCUUCCUGAUGAUGCUGACAUGGGAGAGGCAUUGAUUUCGUAUCUGAAAACCAAUGAAAACCUCGGGGAAAUGUCAAAAGUUCCAAUUAUUUCCCAGAUGAUGUGCCUUGUUUGGAAGAAUCAAAAGUCAUUGCCUGAGAGAAUUACUGAGCUAUUCGGAAAGUUUGCAGAGGUUCUUUUCAUUCGCCGCAGUGAAGAUGUGAGUGAUCAGCAGCAGAUGUCCAUCAUGAUGUCCAUCAUCAAUGGCUUGGGGCAUGUUGCAUUGCAAGGGUUACUAGACUCUAGAGGGGAAAGACUCGUGUUCGAUAAAACUGAAUUUCAGGAUUGUCAGUCUUGCUUAGAUGAGGGUUGUCGUGUGGGUUUCGUUCAACAAGAAACGUUCACAAGUGGUGUGGAUGUAAAAGUGCUGGUCACUUUCCAUCACAAGUCCAUCCAAGAACACUUUGCAGCAUGUCACCUGGCAAAAUUGCUUGAAGAUGACGAAAACAAUUUCUGUCAUCAGUUGAAGCAGAUUGGACCAGGAAAGGUUUAUGAAAUGGAAUACCUGCUGAGAUUUUGUUGCGGUAGAUCAAGGCAGGCUGCUGGUCUCAUUCUGGAUCACAUACAAGAGAUGCAACCUGAUGAGAGGAAACUGCAGAGAUUGGCUCGGUUGUUUUUGUUGGAGUCUGGUUCAGAAGAGUUGGCUACCAAACUUGUCAGACCAACAAGUGUAAAGUGCACGAGUAAUGAAGACAUGAAAUCACUUUGCUUCUACUUACAGCAUGUCACACCGCCACUUGAAGGUACAACUUUUAGAAUGCAUGUAAGAAAGCAUGAGCUAGCCCUUCUUAGUGAAAUUCUUGCAAGUGACAGCAUGGAGUCAGCUAAGGUUAAAGUGGUUAAGUACAGGUUGUCUGAGCGGGAGACGGAGGAGCUCAGUGGCUUGGAACAAACACUUGGUGUGGUGGAUGAACAUCACCGUGCUCGAUUAUACAUUUUGGUUUGGAUUGCUGCAAAGUCAUGGUUUGACGUGGGGCGUGUAUCACACAGCCUUUUCCGCAUGCAGGAACAAAUAGACAGGCUUGGUUUGGUUAUGAACCAACGAUCACCACAUGAGGUUGUUGAUCUAUGGAAGGCGCUGAAAGGAUGCAGGUUGGAUUUGCUCGGACUGACUGGCACCGACCUGCAUGCACAGGUGAGAGAUGUUAGUCACAUCUCGUCAUCCCUUAGAGUCUUGCAGCUCAGUGCAUGCAGGUUAGUCGAUGACGAUGUGAAGGACCUGAUCAGUAUCCUUCCCGCUGGGCAUGGUUUAAAAUGGCUUAACCUUGUUAACAAUGCAUUCAGUUUGGAUGCCAUGAGGGCUCUCACCCAUCAACUCCAAGGUCUCCCUAGGUUACGUUUGUUAUCACUUAGUGAGAUCGGCCUCGAUCCUGAGCUCAUCAGACAAGUUGUCAGUCAAGACCUCCCUCGCCUGAAGGAAAUAGAAGAGGGAGAAUUCCAAGCCUAAGUAAUCUCCCACCAAGUCAUAACUCUCACCCUGUUCCCUAUGAAUGCACCUCUCUCAUGAUGUGCAUUCAACAGAAACAAGUAGCACGUAUCAAUGGUCAACUUAUGUUAAGUCAAUGCUCUGCAACUGCCCCCCCCCCAAAAAAAGUAAAAUACAACAAAAAGAACAACAAU